AUGUCCGACCUCCAAUCCAAAGCCCAAGACACGGUCAAAUCAGCCCAAGACCAAGCCAACAGCGCCCUCUCCAGCGCGCAAGAAGGCGCCAAAUCCGCCCAAGACCAAGCGGGCAGCUACGCCAAGUCCGCGCAGGACCAGGCUUCCAGCGCCGCGGGGACGGCGCAGGAGAACACCAACAGCGCGAUUGGGACGGCCGGCGAGUACAUCGCCGCGGGGAUCACGCAGACGGGGCAGGCGAUUGGAGCGGGGGCGAGGUAUGUUGGGGAGGGGAUGACGGGGUUUGGGAACUCCGCUGAGACGACGGCGAAGGAUUUGGGCGAGAAGGUUGAGCAGGGGACGAAGAAGUAG